UCAGAGUACAGCUGGACACCAGAACUCAGUGCGAAACUUCUAUCUGCCAUCACAGAUGACCCUGAUAUCAAACAAGGCCUAUUCCCCUCACCUGGAGCGAAUCCAAGAACAGGUGGAAAGACAAAAGCAGCCUACCAUUUAGUGCCGUGUGUCAUACUGUUCGAAGAA